UAUAAAAAUUCCAUAUCUUAGAAUAUUAAUUGAAAAUUAAUACCCCAGGCUCUAUAUAAAAAAGUAGAUCUUAGAAUCAAUCAAUGAGUAACUGGAGCACUACGAUGGCAUCAAACAAGGAAGAGGUGAAGCUUUUUGGAAUGAAGGCAAGUCCAUUUGUGUGCAGGGUGGAGAUUGCUCUAAAACUGAAAGGAGUUGAAUACAAAUAUGAGGUAGAAAAGUUUCAGAACUUGAGUGAUACACUCAUCAAUUACAACCCUGUUUAUAAGAAGGUUCCUGUAUUAGUUCAUAAUGAUAAGCCUAUAGCAGAAUCUCUUGUGAUUAUUGAAUAUAUUGAUGAGACUUGGAAACAAAAUCCUAUCUUGCCUUCUGAUCCUUCUAAAAGAGCCUUGGCACGUUUCUGGUCCAAGUUCAUAGAUGAUAAAUGGUUGGAUGCUAUAAUAAAAGUUUCUUCCACUCUUGAUGAGAAAGAGAUUGAGAAGGGUAUUGAGGAAACAGAAGUGGCUCUUCAAUUUCUUGAGGGUGAGCUCAAGGACAAGUUCUUUGGAGGAGAAGAGAUUGGCCUUGUUGACAUUACUGGAGUCUUCAUAUCUUUUUGGCUCCCCAUUGUUCAAGAAGUAAUAGGACUCAAGUUGUUCACUAGUGAGAAAUUUCCAAAGUUAUACAAUUGGAGCCAAGACUUCAAUAACCACCCUAUUGUCAAGGAAAUUUUGCCUCCUAGACUAGAAACCCUUUUGGCCUUUGAAAGAUCUCGUUCUGAAAGUCUUGCUGCUUCAAAAUAAAUUAGUUUAAGGUGAUAUUUAUUCGGGUGAUUUAGGAUAAAUGUUUAAUCUACUUGUUUCUCAGUUUGGUUUUUGUUGAAUUUUCAUGUAAAAAUAGAUAUAUGCAAUCUACUAUUUCUCCUUUUUUUAUAUAUUUUUUUUACAAGA